AUGUCGCAUCGAGUGGCGCGUCCGCUUCGGCUGCUGCAGUCUUCUUGGAGCCUUGGGGUUGAGCGUGAAGAUGGCCACACGGUGCCGACCAUUGCCGUGUACAAACCCUCUGGCCUCCCGUACUUUGCCGCGUCACAGGUGGCCGCGUGCAGCAGCGGACGACAUUUGUUCUCUGCCUCGCCACGGGACGUUCCGGCAGUAGAACCAGCGGAUGUGAGUGACUCUCUGCUCGGUCGGAUGACAGACCUCCUGCCUCCCGGAAGCGGCAUACCGCGUGUAGCUUUACCACUCAUUCACCCAGCGUUAUCGCGUUAUGCCACGGCGUCGCAAUUGAAUGCGUUGACGGCACAGCGAAAGGGAACUUCACUUAUUGCCUGUUCACCUCAUGAGUUUAUGUUUCUUCGCAACUGCCAUCGGCUGCAUCUUGUAAGGUCUGUUUACCGUGUGCUCUGUCGUCUUCCUCCGUGCGUGUCUGUUCGAGUACGACGUGCCUUACGUGAAAGGAAUGCAGCUGGGCGAACUACAGAGAGUGCCUUUAAGAAUCCUUACGUCCAAGAGUUUCUCCAGCGCUCCAGUAGCAUCUCGGGUGUGGCGGGGAGUAUCCCUAUUGUAAUCGAAGUGGAUGGGAGUUUGCCUCCGUGCGCAUAUCCUUAUCCUUUGCUACAGGGAGGAUUUAUUAGUGUCAAGGAGCGGUGUUUGUUGCCUCACGGCACCGUCUCUGGGUAUCUCAGUGGGUAUCAACUUCCACCUGGUGUGCAGACAAUCCUGAAGAAGCAGCAGAGGCUCAAGGAACUUUUUCUGCCAUCUACGGUAAUGAACUCUUUUUCGUCUUCUUCUUCAUCAUCAUCAUCACGACUGGCGAUGGAUGCCGUUGCGGAGGAUAAUAACGCAGGAGGGUGUACAAUAUGCCGAGGUAAAAUGACCGGCCAGGAAGACGUCACUCAUCCAUGGAUCGGGCCUGAGUGCCGAAUGCGUGUUGCAUUGGAUGUGAGGGUGACGCCAGACAGGAAAGCGGUUAGUGAGAUAAAUGUUGAUUGCAGCGACGUGGACCGUGCAUUGACCCCACACCCGGACGGGAACGAAGGUGCCCCACUCGACCAACCGCAGUGGGGAAGGCGAGGAAGCCGUCGUCUUGUUGGGAAACCGUUCAGAUUUGAUUUUCGAUUAGUCACCCUCAACGAUGCCUGUGAAUUGGCGUUGUAUGAGGUCUCCACCAACAAUGCAUCGGACGAGGAGAUCAAGGCUGCCUUCGCAGCCGCCAACUUUACGGUCAUGAACGAUUUUUUGAAUGAUAUUGCGCUUGCGGAGGCCAUGCAGACGGUCUCACAGGAAAUACACACAGUGUCACGGGCGAAAAUUGCGGAUUUACCAAUGGCCGCCCAACACAUGUUGCGAGAGGGAUCUCCGCUGGAAUUGGUGGCCGAGCCACUCCUCAGCAUCCCCACAGCAUUAUCCCCUGUGGAUGGCGCUAUCGAACCACAGGCCGAUUUGUUAAAGCACAUGGAGCAGGUGUCAGAACGAAGCGGUCUGCGUGGUCACCGCUACCGUCUUCUCUUGGAGACGCUUGGAAACUUGAAGGAUGAGAAGACAUUCUUUCAUGUCGCCCAGUUAGUGUUUGGCAGUGGCUUGGAAUGCACCGCGAUUCACUUUCCAGAUCCAAGGAACGAAGCCAACACGAGUGCCGUCCAACAUCUUCUUCUUCGAAUGGAGGAGAGUGAAUUUUCAGAAGCAUACUGUAACAAUGUCGCAGAGCGUAUGUCUUUUGUGAGCCGUGGGGCCGCUGUUGACUGCGAGACGUACAACACGCUGCUCCAGAAUGGCAGCAUGCGGUGCCUCCCACCGCAGCGUGAAGUGAGUAUAGCGUGGGGCGGUGGACAUUCCACCAUUGUGCGAAGGGAGGAGUGUGGCGAAUUGGGAUGUGCAUACUGUGGGGCGCGUGGUCACGUCUGGAGUACAUGCCCAGGGGGAGUUCCGUUAAUAUCCAAUGAGGCAGGCUCUUAUGUUGAAGGGGAGAAAAGUAAAAAGGGAAUCACAAAAGACAAUUCAGUGACGGAAUCAGACAAGUCCAAUUUGGAACGAAAAGCCCUGGAUGACAUUUUGUUGACAACUGUGGAUGAUGUGACAGAUGCUCUUGAAAGUGCCACGAGAAAAACGGAUGAUGCAAACUUUAUUUCAAUUCCAAACAUUGCCCCAACGCAGGAUUUUAAUCCACAUGCUUGGCGCCGUCACAAUCAACGGCCAGCUUUGCAUCAACACCGCCUGCGAUGUGCGUACUGCAGUGGGAAGCAUCACAUUACGCAGUGUCCCAGGCUCUCUUGGAAUGAGAUGGGCGCCCAGGUAGGAGGUCAGUUAGACAAGGAACAGCUCCGUCAUAACGCGGAGAAAUUGUUCUGUAUUAAAUGUGGAAAAUUUGGCCACCUGUACGACAGAUGCCCAGCCGUACCGCAGGGACUUCACGCGGCGACACAUUGCCCCAUCUGCCUGCAGCCUCACCGUAAGAUACACCAUGAACCUUUACACUGCCCGCGUCGCGUCACGCCCCCGCAUGACUACUUCCCAAGCGGAGUACCCGCAAGUUUCGCGCAAGUUAACAGGAGCAGGAAAAAGUCAACCCGUCACGGGGGCGGUGUACUUCUUUCGGACUCCUUUUUUUCACGUCCGUAG